AACUGCUGCUGCUGCUGCUAAGUCGCUUCAGUUGCAUCCGACUCUGUGCGACCCCAUAGACGGCAGCCCACCAGGCUCCACAGUCCCUGGGAUUCUCCAGAAGCCUGAAAAAUGAAGCCUAAAAUGAAGUAUUCAACCACCAAAAUUUCUCCAGCAAAGAUGAAAAGCUCAGCAGGCAAAGCCUUGGUAAAAUCUCCCAAGUUGAGAAAAUCCCAAAAGAAGGCCGAAGAAGUCUGUCAGAUGUACUAUAUGCAGCUACGCUCUGGCCUUAAAAUAGAAAAAAAGGUCUGUUACUUUAGGAAAGAAACCACCAGAAGGCAUUCAUCAACAGCUGAGAAGCGUGAAGAGCAUCUGGCAUUAGCUACCUAUGAGCAGCUGAAACACUUUCAACGGUCUGUGAACCAGGACUUCACCUUGGGUAAAACGGGGGUCCAGAAAUACGCUACACCAACUGGCCAUCCAACUAUCAAAGAACAUUCUGCUUCCCUGAGUACAUACAACGAUCAGUUCAUUACUUUUGUUUUUGAGGAUGGAAGCUAUGAGAUCUAUGUUGAUGACUUGAUAGGAGACCAAGAGAAAGACAAGGUGUUACUCCGUUACUAUGAUUCCCAAUUUCCCUCAAGUGAAACAGAUGGUGGUGGUAAUCAUCGGAAGUUAAUGGUAAACCUGAGCCCCACAAAAGACAAAGACUUCUUGCUGCAUGCAAACAGUAAGGAGCACUCUGUGGAGCUACAAAAAUGUGAAAACCAGUUACCAGAACAAGCCUUCUUUGUCCUUCAUGAGAAGUCCUCCCAGUGUGUUUCGUUUGAAUGUAAGAGCAAUCCUGGAGUGUUUCUAGGAGUAAAGGAUAACCACCUAGCUCUAAUUAAAAGAGGGGAACACCCUGAAGAUUCAAAUACACAGAAUAUCACAUUUAAGCUCUCAAACUUAAUGUGAUGGAAAGCUGCAGAUCUUGGGUUGAGUAGCCCAAAUAGCUACCACUGGAGAAAAUAUGAGAUAUAAAGAGACAGAUAACACGAAGGCAAAUGGAAUGUUUAGUAUGGUGUGGAAUGUUUUCCUUAUUAUGUACAAAAAAUUUUUGUAAUCCUUCAGUUCUGUUUUUCAUUUCCCUCUGUAUAUCUCUCUGUAUAUUCUACUGCAUAUUCAAUACAAAUAUUGGAAUAUUUAAUAGCAUACUGGUAAAGAGACUUGCCAACAUUCUGAAGUAUACACCUGACCUUUACUUUUUUCCUACUUGCAAUCCAGAAAGAACUUAGUAUUUAGAGUGAGACCUCUGGGGAGAAGCAAAGGGCCUUAUCCCUAGUCUUGCUUUAGACAAAGAUCAAUUUUAAAGAACUACAUAGGGACAUCAUUUUCCAUGGUUCUAAAUAAUAGCCUCAAACACUUAGAGGCACUAAUAAAAAGACAACUGGAAGCUACACAGAUUGACCAUUUCACAACCAGAAUAAAACAUCAAGAUUAUUUAUAAAUACUCAAAACUUCAGAUGCCUAAAUGGCUAAGCAGGUAAUAUGAAUAUGUGAAAAGGCAAGAACAAUUUUAAAAUUAAGAAAAUUAAACCUAGUAUUUAAAAUUGAAUAAUUCCAUCUCUCAUUUUUAAAAUUUCGAUUUUUAAAGAUUGUGUUAACUUUAAGCAAGGCAUUCUUACAUUAGAAAGUAAAAUAAAUUUUAUUUCAGACAUAAAACUGAAAUUAUUAGGAAUAUCUAACAAACUGGAAUUACUUUUUGAUGCAUUGAGCCACAACAUAUGUUCAGGCAUCCAAGUACCAUGGACUGCCCGUACUAUGGAGGGGCCAGAAGUCCUCUAACCUACUAGAGCUUAUAUGGGACAUAGGAUUAAUAUUACAAUUUCAAUAACUGGCUAUCCCUCAUAUGUUCUUCUGACCCUGACUUUCAGGAACCUAUGACUUUUGAUAUAUUCAUCACCUUAAACAAAAUUUUUUCUAAUCCUUUCUUCUCACAUGUGCAAGUCUUUUUAUCAUCUGAUUUCCCAAUGACACCGCUUACUAUGGAAUAUUCAUGUGACUUGUUCCUUCCUCAUUUCUUUUGACCAACGGUGUCCUUUUGUAUUCCCUGACCUCACUUCUAUAUCACCUGAUCUCUCAUGCCAAUAUGUUUAUUCUGCUUUUUCUACCUGAUGCUGUAGAAUUUUACAUAAACCUAUUGGUGGCAAUAUUUUUCAUUAAACAUCUUUGUGUUUUAUUGUUACUAAGGUACUAAAGCUUAUAGUCAAUCAUAUAACAACAUUUCUCAACUACUAAAUAAGUUUUGCUUAUUUUAAAACCUUAGCAAUUUCUACUGUAAUUUUUCAUAGGUGUAACACUGACAAUAAAUGAUAAACAUAAUGACAAAAUACUUACAAAAUAAGACUUUUUCUGAAAGUGUAGGCUUUUUAAGUUGUUGAGAUAUAUUGACUAUAACUGCUGGUGUAAUGUAAAAGAGACUGAGAAUUACUAUAUGAGGGCAAAAUCUUAUAGAACAAUAUAUCUUUGUUUCAUUAGUUUGUCAAUAAUUUAACUAUAGAAACAACAAUAAAAACAGAAUCUAAAUCAUUUCCUCUGAAAAACACUAAAUGUUGAUGAUGUGUAUCUGUAUAAUAUACUUAAAAUGACUAUUAUUAAGUAACCAAAUAUAUCCAUUACAUUGUUCAUAUUUUUAAAUAAACUGUGUUUUUCAAAAGUA